CCCCUUAUAUAAACCUCUCACUUCUCCUCACCUUUCUCACAUUCCACUCUUCUUUUACCUCUUUCGUUUCAUUCACUAGUUUUCCACAAAGUCUUCUCUCUUAUCUUAGCUUCAGCUUCCAUGUCGGAGAAACAAGCAGGCUUGAAUGGCUCCUACUACGGCCCAUCCAUCCCGCCCAAGAGGGACUCCUACCAAAGCGUCGGCCGCGGCGGAGGUCCCCUCGGCUGCUGCUGCAGCUGCAUCUUCGGCCUCGUCUUCAAGCUCAUCUUCACCGCCAUCGUCUUCAUGGGACUCGCCUUCUUCGUCUUCUGGCUCAUAGUUAAACCUAACCGCGUCAAGUUUCACGUCACCGACGCCACUCUCACCCAAUUCAACUUCUCCUCUGACAGCAACCUCCACUACAACCUCGCCCUCAACCUCACCAUCCGAAACCCUAACAAGAAGCUCGGCAUCUACUACGAUCGCAUCGAGGCCAGAGCCAACUACGAGGGCCAGAGGUUCAGCACGAUCACUCUCACCCCGUUUUACCAAGGACACAAAACCACCAACGUUUUGAACCCUCUGUUUACUGGACAGCAGUUGCUUGUUGGGUCCAAUUUGCAGUCGGAGUAUCAGAAGCAGACCAGUGCUGGGGUAUACGAGAUUGAGAUGAAGCUUUAUCUGAGGAUUAGGUUCAAGUUCGGUCGGAUCAAGACCGGAAAGUUCAAACCCAGAGUUGAAUGUGACUUGAAGGUUCCUUUGAGUACGAAUGGCAAUUCCGCAACUACCUUCGAGACCAAGCGGUGCAAGAUUGAUUACUUUAAAGCCAUCUAGCUGGUCAUCCAUGGCGGCCGAGGAGGAGAUCCUUUCUUGUUGAUACAGUCUUCUUCUUAUCUUUUCGCUUCUGCUUUGUGAUUUUUCAUACCAGACACUAUUCUUUUGUUUCUUUUUUUGGCGUUACGAUUACUGUUACAUAUCAUAUGUACACUGAUUAUGAGUAUAUGAUGAUGACGAUUUAGUGAUCAGAUCUUUGGAUUAUAAAUAAAUGACGAUUUUAGUGGUUAGUGCUUUGC